UUUCCUGCUCCUCAGCUGCUGCCUGAACUGCUGUACUUUUCCAGCACCACUCUAAUCUAGACUUGGAUCAACUUCAGUCUGGGGAAAACCAAUUAAAAUGAUGAACAUCGGAAUACCCGGAAGCCACCACCGAAGAAGACUUCCAUAUUGGAAUGAGACCUCCAUGCUGGGACAAGAUCGCCAAUGUGACUGCCAUACCAGAUCAAGAUCGUCAUGCAGAGACGGGACCACCCGCCAGGUUGCUGGAAUACCUGGAUUGGGACCUCCACACCAGAACACAUAUACAGAUAUAUCAAAAUGUCAGAUAAAAGUGACUUAAAAGCCGAACUGGAGCGUAAAAAACAAAGACUGGCUCAGAUACGAGAAGAGAAAAAAAGAAAAGAAGAAGAAAGAAAAAAGAAAGAGGCUGAAAUGCAACAGAAGAAAGAGCCACCUCCCGAGGACUCUGACCUUGAUCGCAAGCGAAGGGAGACCGAAGCAUUGCUACAGAGCAUUGGCAUCGCCCCAGAGCCAGCAUUAGUGCAACCACUGCAAUUAGUAACAUGGGAUGCCUGUUAUUUUCAUUAUUUAGUCCCAACCCCUAUGUCUCCCUCCUCGAAAUCAGUGAGUACACCCAGUGAAGCUGGUAGCCAGGACUCGGUGGAUGGUGGACAUGGUGGAAGAGCAUUGCAAUGGGAUACUGAUCCUUCUGUGCUCCAGCUGCAGUCUGACUCUGACCUUGGCCGUCGCAUGCCGAAACUUGUGAUUUCAAAAAUUACCCAAGUUGAUUUUUUACCUCGAGAAGUGGUGUCAUACUCCAAAGAGACCCAAACGCCCAUUGCUCACCAGCCAGAAGAAGAUGAAGAUGACGAGAUUCCUGAAUUGAAUCUAGGAACUGAAUCUGAGCUGGAAAGCCAAGAUCAGAAAACUGAAACGAAAGAAGCUGCUCCUAGAGAACUCACUGAAGAGGAGAAGCAGCAAAUACUUCAUUCAGAAGAAUUUUUGAUUUUCUUCGACCAUAACAUACGAAUCAUUGAACGUGCUCUUGCUGAAGAUUCUAGCCUCUUCUUUGAUUAUGGUGGCAAGGAGUUGGAUGAAAAAGAAGGGGACUUCCAAGCUGGGCUCAACCUUGCUUUCAACCGUCAGUUUUAUGACGAGCACUGGUCGAAACAUAGAGUCGUAACCUGUUUGGAUUGGUCACUUCAGUAUCCUGAAUUGAUGGUUGCUUCCUAUAACAACAAUGAAGAUGCUCCACAUGAGCCAGAUGGAGUUGCUUUGGUUUGGAACAUGAAAUUCAAAAAGAAUACACCAGAAUAUAUUUUCCAUUGUCAGUCUCCUGUAAUGUCGGUCUGCUUUGCCCGAUUCCAUCCAAACCUAGUUGUUGGUGGUACAUACUCUGGACAAAUUGUUCUUUGGGAUAAUCGCAGUCACAGAAGAACUCCAGUUCAGCGUACACCUCUUUCUGCCGCAGCUCACACACAUCCUGUGUACUGUGUGAAUGUUGUUGGAACACAAAAUGCUCACAAUCUAAUCACAGUUUCCACAGAUGGAAAGAUGUGUUCCUGGAGCCUAGAUAUGUUGACUCAACCACAGGAGAAUAUGGAGCUAGUUUACAACAAGUCAAAGCCUGUAGCUGUCACCAGCAUGGCUUUCCCAACAGGAGAUGUCAACAAUUUUGUUGUAGGAAGUGAGGAGGGUAUGAUUUAUACGGCAUGUCGACAUGGCAGUAAGGCUGGUAUUGGUGAAAUGUUCGAGGGUCAUCAGGGUCCAGUGACUGGUAUCAACUGCCACAUGGCUGUGGGACAGAUUGAUUUCUCACAUCUGUUUGUCACCUCUUCCUUUGAUUGGACAGUUAAAUUGUGGACAACAAAGCACAACAAGCCUCUCUACUCCUUUGAAGACAAUGCAGACUAUGUCUACGACGUCAUGUGGUCACCAGUGCAUCCUGCACUAUUUGCCUGUGUGGAUGGGAUGGGACGAUUAGACCUCUGGAACCUCAAUAAUGAUACCGAGGUGCCAACAGCUAGUGCAGCUGUUGAGGGGACAUCUGCACUUAAUCGGGUCAGAUGGGCAUCAACUGGCAGGGAGGUGGCAGUAGGAGAUUCAGAAGGACACGUAUGGGUUUAUGAUGUUAGUGAGCAAUUGGCAAUUCCUCAUGGUGAUGAGUGGGCACGUUUUGCUAGGACCCUGGUGGAGAUCCGAGCUAACCGGGCAGAUGCUGAAGAGGAAAGUGUUGCUGAAUUGACUGUACAGCUGUAAGAUGUUAUCUGAACUUGCUUUGCCAGUGCAAUUAUGCUAUAUGAAGAUAUGCCAGUUGGAAGUGCCAUUUAUGACGAAAAGCUGCUAUUAUAGUUUUACUGUUUCACACUUCUAGUAUGUUUAACAAUAUGUAAAAUGUUUAAAAACAAUAUAGCAUUAUGAAAAUUAUCGUUCAAUUCUGUAAUGUUGUUUAAAAUGUAAUUGCAGAACAGCUAUUCAUUACUAGUUAGUAGUUGUAUUGACAAGUUGGAAGUCCAUAGUUAUACCUGUAUUUGUAUGCAUGUAUAUCAUAGUCUAUUAAAUCCAUGAUGUUAAAUAUGAUAGUAUGCGGAUGUGGUGAGCUGCACUACAAAACUGAGCCAACAAUUUCAAAUGUGGCGUUUUCACACUGGUAAUGCACCAUUAUGAAUGGUUGUACUUUGAGCAUUGCUGCUCUGUAUUUAUUAAUCUACUGCAUGGAAUAAAUUAUCCUAGAACAUA